CCUUUGCCUUGAUACCCCAAGGCCAGCUCGCCUCUCUGCCCUGCUCUCUCACCCUCACCCUCUCGCUAUUACCUCUUUGAUGAGGGAAGGAGGAACUCCAACCAAUUCAGGAUACACACGGCGGGAUGGCGGAAUUCGCCCGGACAGCGAGAUUGCAAGGCGACGACAGCAGCGGAGAAGGGGCCAUGGCGGAAGGGCUGGCGACGGCGUUCCAGUGCUUCCAGGACGGGAUGGGGGAGAAGCUGGUCUCUCUAGCCCAGGAGCAGUCGGCGCUGUUGUCGAAGCUCGAGGCCUCUCGAGAGGCCCUGCCGGUGUCUUCCACCGGACGUACGCGAGAUCGUAGCGGGCGCGCCGAGUACAACGAAGACGUUGAGUUCAUCGCCAAGGUCAUGUCCCAGGCCCCGUGGUACGCCCAACGUGUGCGGGCGCUCGCCCAGCAAAAGGCAUCGCUAGAUGCGCGGUUGGUCCACCUCCAGCGAAGAAGCACCGGGCUGAGGGAGUCUCUGCCCGUACCGAUGCAGCGUCACCUAGCCGAACGGCUAGAAGCGUCUAGCAUGGCCCCGUUUCGGGAACAGACAGAUAUGGCGUUCGUGACGUGCUACCAAGGGGGUGUCG